AACACGAGCCGCACCACGUGACUGUCGUUCGUGGGCUCUCGCGCGCUCCAAUUCGAACUCCUGGCCGUUGGACACCAGCUGCUGCGGAGCGCGAACGCACGUCAGAACUACAACUCCCAUGAGACACCGCGGACAGCCCCACCCGCUUAUCGGCGGAAUUGCGCAAGCGCGGGAUGUCUAACAGCAGCAUAGAUAAUGUAGUCCAAACUGCGUCUACUGGGUGAAAUCUUGCGAGGAGAGUCUGACCUAACUUUUUGAGGACUGAAAGGCGAAGGAAAAUUGUGUUUUUGAUGUUACGAACAGGGGGGAACAGAUGUGAGAGUGCCCAGAGGCGGAGGUUGCUAACCGUUGUGAAGUAGCGAUUGUACACAUUGCUCAGAGCAAAGUCAACAAGAUACAGGCUUGUGGGCAAAUGGAAGAAAACUGGAGAGGGCAAACAGGACAGCACUUAUAUAGUUCAUGGUAGGGCCCUGCAGAGUGCUGCAAAGCAGAGACAGAGGGAUGCAGCUUCACAGUUCCUUCAAAGUAGAGUCGCAGGGAGACAGGAUUGUGAAGGAGGCGUUUGGUACCCUUACCCUCAUUGACAGAAAAUAGUGCACAGAGGUAACAUUGAGGCUCUCCAAAGGCCAGGAUGAAAUGGAGAAUGUGGUACAUCACCCCAAACUUGAAGAGUCUCUCUGGCAUUCUUGUAAAGAUUACCCUGUUUGCAGGUGCUUUCCUUAUUCCCUACAUUCUGAUGCUGGCAGUCGCUGGGAUGCCAAUGCUUUUCUUGGAAACUCCCUUUGGGCAGUUUGCCAACCUCGGACCGGUUGCAGUGUGGAAAGCCAUGCCCAUGUUACAGGCACGCCUUCAGUAACAGAAGAAUCUUUCAGCAGUGACCAAAUGGACCAAAGAAAAUUUGCUUUAUCUGGGUUCUCUCAGACUCACCAUCAAACACGUGCUCCAAAGCACAUGGUUGCUACUAAUAAUCCUGUGAGUGAAGGUGAUGAGAAUGUGGAGCGAGGUAACUGGACCUCAAAGACUGACUACCUGCUCUCAGUGAUUGGUUCUGCAGUUGGUCUGGGCAAUGUCUGGAGAUUCCCGUAUUUGGCUUACAGAAACGGAGGAGGUACUGUCAUGAAAUCCAAAAUAUAGGGAAGAUAAAAAAUUUACAGAGAACAAUUAAAUGGCAUAAAAAGGUUGCAUUAAAUGAACCAGGUAGCAAUUUAGCCUGCAAUCACCAACAGUUAUGCUAUCCACCCUUACUCCACACAAGGACGUGAUUAAGUUUCAAUUAUAAAGACAUAGUGUCUGCAAUUUAACACAAAUGUAUGAUCACUAAUAGGCACUACAAAAAUAACUAACCUUUGUGACAAGAUGGAAGCUGAUGCUGACUUCAAGAUGUCCAAUUGGUGACUGGUAGUUUACUUCACUGUUUCAGUGGUGUUAGUUGUGAUUUCUUUUGGAGACUGUGGAGAGCACAAAGGACAACAGAGCACAGCAUCUCAGAAAGGGCUUCAAUUUCAAAUGUUUUGUUCAGAGAUGACAGUUUAGUGGACAUCAACCAUCAGUGAUUCUUGCAAUAUGUUGGGUCACUAACUUGGACAAUAUGAAUUUUAGGAACCACCUCAUUAUGCACCUGUUAGCACUCAGUAGCACCCAGAUGAACUACUUGUUGUGAUUUAUUGUUGCUUAUGUUGUAAUGCUGCCAAUGUUGCUUCACACUGGCAAAGGGCUCAAGUAUCUUCUUCAGGUGUGUAUCAAGUGAGAAAAAGAACAUUGUGUGUUACAAGUAAUAUUCUGCUGCACUGAUCCUUAAGUCUCUGUGUAAUGAUCCACCUAUACUCAGCAUAUUAUGUUAAAACUCUGAUAGGACUCCUUACACUUGACACAGCUAGACUCGCUGCCUUCUUGAACCUUGCAGUAUAUUUUCUUACCCACCUACCUCCCCCUAUCCCGCACACUCACUUGUCUACAUCCUACAUGCUCACCUUAUACACUUGUUUUCUGAGGCUUUGGGACAUUUAAGCCUCCACUUACUAGAAUAUGGCAGCUAGUGCUGUAAAAAAGGGGAAUAACUUGGUUCCUCCCAAUGGCUCUGUAUUCAGGAUUCAGAUGGAUUGAAGAUACACUGCAUAUUUCUCCAGUGUGGACCUUUGUACGCCAGCACGUAGAUACAGGAUAAAAAUGUAAUUGUUACAACAAAUAGCUGCUAUUAAUUCUAUUGCUCUCAGAGACUCUGCCAGAUCUGUUGAAUAUUUCUUACAUUUUCUAUUUUUUAGCUCCGAUUUCCAGCAUCCAUUGAAUUUUCCUUUUCUUACUUUGCAGUCUGUAUCGCAUCCUAUUAAAAUCAGCCCUUCCUACGUUGAGAAUUUUCCUGGCUAUUUCAUGUUUGCUGUUAUCUUGUUGAACUUGUGUAUUAUGAUCAUUAUUGAAUAACU